AUGGCGCCCAAUCUUCCGGGGUUGCCAGCGGAGAUCCUACUGGUCAUCAAGACAGAAUGCCCGCGAGGGGGAAAUCCGCGGUAUUACGAGAAGCCGCUCUUCGAGAACCUCCGAGCAACAUGCAGGGAGCUUCACGGCAAACUCACUCCAUUCUACGGGGCACGAUACCUCAGGGAGAUGACCAAGAUAUCGACCCUGACUCGGCACCUUCGGACUGCGAUUAAAAAUUCCUGGUAUGACAGCGACGAAUCGUACUCCCUCCUGUACGGCACCCGACUUUCUUUCAAUGAGACGGUCCUAGAUACCUUAUGGGAUGGUACAUGCGGAAACAUACUUGGGCAGGCCUUAUCUGGGCUGCCGAAUCUCAAAGAGUUCUUAAUCCAACGGCCGGAUUUCGAUCACAACAUACGUUCCAACAAGUUCGAUCGCCUCAAGGAACAUUGGUCCGUCGCCUUGAAGACACUGUUCUCGGUAGCGCUAGCCAAAGGUCGUGCUUUGGAGACCCUAGCGUUUUGUGAACGUGGUGCGGAUGUUCCAUCCCACGCAUCAAUGCUCAACUACCUCGCGAUCUUCAUGAAACAUCCCCCUCACUUGAAGAAGUUACACUUCAACAUAUCAGUGGAAGAAGAUGAAGUGACCUUCCCUGGGUACAUCCGCACCAUCAACAAUCUCUCCAAUGCCUCCCCCGUCCUCAACGAUUUCGGAAUAGGGCUCAGAUGCACGGCCACCAGCUGCUGCUGGGGGAUAAGUCCGCCCCCCAAAUCCUACCUCUUCUUCAAACAAUUGAGCCCGACGAUACGUCCGAAAUCUCUUCGGCGCCUUGCUUUGUCCCAUCUCACCACGCGUAGGAAGUAUCUCGCCACGCUGAUGCGAGCGUGCAAGGAUACACUCAAAGCACUCACGCUCAACUGGGUCACAUGGCGCUCCUGCGAUGAACGCGUACUCGAAUUCCUCCGAGACGAACUCCACCUAAAUGAGGUUGUCCUGAGAUGCUUAAAUUCGGAGUUCGAAGGCAUCUAUUCCCAUCACGUCAAUUAUGAGCGCCCACAAUGUGGCACUCAUGGUGUCUCUUCCAGGCUCGAUGAUGAAGAAUGGCUCAUGGUGACGCAGAAACGUUCGCCGCGCCACGAGAUCAUUCUCAAAGCGGAAGAGGGUAACGACAUCACGUAUUGGCUCACUCAGGUCGACGAGAAGUCUGGUUCCGGUGACAAAUGGACAUGGAAUGAUCUCAGCUGGGACUAGACAACGGUUACGAAUCCUUCACGGUUCUCCUCGCUCGCAGUAGGCUAGGCCAGUAGUGUCCUGGUCUAAAAUGUCAGUGUAUAUUAGGACUUCGAAGUUCAUGAGCCUGAGUGGUUGACUCUUGGGAGAAGGGCGUAUUUACUCUUAUAUUAUCUUC